AUGCGGCGGGUUCCCUCGCGGCGUCUACGGUGUUAAUGUGGGCAGUUGCCUGGUGACGAAGAAGCUAACGCUGACCGUUUCCUGCAGCGUCGUUAUCUCCGAAUAAGUUUAACGUCGGGGAAAUCUCCGCCAACGGUUUAAGAUAACCGAUGUCGUGUUAACUGGCCGCCCCUCGGACUGGCCGCGAUGUGACUCCGUGAUCCGCUGCACGGAGAUGGAGAGCUACCUCUUCGUCAGAGUGGUGGGGAAGGGCAGCUAUGGAGAGGUGAAUCUCGUGAAGCACAAAUCCGACCGAAAACAGUAUGUCAUCAAGAAGCUGAACCUGAGGACGUCGUCCAAGCGCGAGCGGCGUGCGGCCGAGCAGGAGGCCCAGCUCCUCUCGCAGCUCAAGCACCCCAACAUCGUCACCUACCGGGAGUCCUGGGAGGGGGAAGACUGCCAGCUUUACAUCGUCAUGGGUUUCUGCGAGGGUGGAGACCUCUACCACAGGCUGAAGCAGCAGAAAGGAGACUUGCUUCCUGAGAGGCAGGUGGUGGAGUGGUUUGUGCAGAUCGCCAUGGCCCUCCAGUACUUGCAUGAGAAACACAUCUUGCACCGAGAUCUGAAAACACAGAACAUAUUCUUAACUAAAACCAACAUAAUCAAAGUGGGUGACCUGGGUAUUGCACGUGUGCUGGAGAAUCAGUACGACAUGGCGAGCACCCUGAUUGGGACGCCUUACUACAUGAGCCCCGAACUCUUCUCCAACAAGCCGUACAACUACAAGUCGGACGUUUGGGCUCUGGGCUGCUGUGUGUAUGAGAUGGCCACCCUGAAGCAUGCCUUCAACGCCAAGGACAUGAACUCUCUCGUGUACCGCAUCGUUGAGGGGAAGUUGCCGCAGAUGCCGGGCAGGUAUGCUCCUCAGCUCGGGGAGCUGAUCAAACGGAUGCUGUGUAAGAGACCCGAGGACAGGCCCGACGUCAAGCACAUUCUCCGACAGCCCUACAUCAAACAGCAAAUCUCCAUUUUUCUGGAGGCCACCAAAGAGAAAACCGCCAAAUCCCGAAAAAAGGCACCGAACAGCCGAGCGAACAGUGCUGGUCCGAGUGUGCCGGCCAAUCACCAGCUGGGUGUUCCGUUGCAGUGUGUCCCCUCUGAGCCAGAAAGCCACGGGAAAAGGAAGCUGUGCAACGGUGUAAGAGAUGUUAUUUCACCAGACUCACUGCUACCCCCUAAAAGCCUGAGGGAGGACAUCUUUAACUCAACAGGCCAGUCAGUAGUAACCAUCAGCAACAUAGAUGUCGCCAUCCAGCCCAAGGGCAAGCUAAAGGAAGCAAAACCACCCCGCCCCAAACCUGCCUCCAAGCCUCAUUCAGCGCCUGAGCAGAGAGAGCGUGAGGAGGGCGGCACCCCCAUGCCGAAGCAGCUGUCGGGGGUCUGCAGCGGAGAGGGAGAGAGCGCGUUCCCUUCCAAGAAUCCAAGCACGCAGGAGCCGCCGGAUCUCAUAGACCGGACUGGAUUUUUAAAAAAGGGUGUGGCUCCUGGUGUAGGCGUGGCCAUGGAGGAGGACACAUUGACGCUGCUGCGGCAGGGGCCUGUAGAAGACGAUGCCCCCGGCCCCCGGCACACACCCUUCACUGAUCUAAAGACGGAGAACUUGAGCCUAGCAGAGGCUGCCUUGAAGGAGAGCCUAGGGUCCACAGAAAAGCUACUUCAGCCAUUUAUUCCUGUAACACUAGAGGAGGUAAACAACCAACAGGCACCUGCCGUCCCCUCACAUCACAGCACACCACCUCUUCAUCCUCUCUCCUCUUCGUCUGAGCCAUCCACGUCUCAUCAACGCAGGCAGAGAAAGAGGCAGGAAGCCCAAGAGUGUCCAAGCAGAGUAAAAGCAGCCAACCUGAGACCGUUGCCUCCACUCCGGGAGGGCGUCCUGACGGGGAAUGCAAAGGAGCGAAUCACGGGGGAUGGAGAGAACGCUAAUUCAACUGCGGUCUCUGCCACAGCCCACCGUGCUUCACACAAGGAGGACCCUGCAUCACAGAAUCGGCUGCUCUCAGCACGAGAGAGGAGAAGACUGAGACAGUCAAAGGAGAACCAGACGGAACUGGCGGCUCCUGCCAUCCAGAGGGCAUCAUGUGAUGUUCCCUCGUUAGUCUCCAAGCACACUGACCAGCCAGACUUCUCCAGACCUGCCAGCGUAGUUGCGGUAACGCACAAGGAGCAGAAGUCGUCAUGGCAGGAGUCAGACGAAGAGGAGUGCAGUUCCUCAACCAGCUCCACAGAGCGCUGGGAGGGAGACUACAGAGAAGGAAAAAGCGAGACCAAUGAGAUGCAAGACCUGGUCCAGAUGAUGACGCAGACAUUAAGAAUGGAUGCCAGAGACGUGUCAUGCGAGCAAGAGGACUCGCACUGCCACUCUGACACACUUCCUGAGUUCAGACUAAACAGGAAAUACAGAGACACCCUGAUGCUUCAUGGGAAGGCUCAAGAGGGAGAGGCCAACUUCCCCUCAGACGACUCUUCAGGGCAAGCCAAGAUCCGGAGAGCCAUCGAGCACCUGCGCACAGACGUGCUUAAAGGACUCGGAGUGAAGCUGCUCAACAAAGUCCUGGACAUCAUGCAGGAAGAGGACGAGGACCGGAGAGAGGUUCUUCUUCGGCAGCAGAUGGGGGAGGAAAAAUACAAGUUAUAUGCUGUAAUGGUGCGACAGCUAAAAUUCUUUGAGGAUGUUACUUUUAGGGACUAAAUACAUCUGAUAUACAGAUCUGUCACAGCUCAACAGGCCACCACUAAUGAACUACUUUCGCCAGAGUUUUGACAGCCAGUUCAAAUUUAUUACGAACAAUACGUUUUGAUGCUGUUGAAAAUAGAUAUGCAAUGAUGACACUA